AUGACUGCGGCGACGCCGAUACCUGGGGAUUUGCAGACGGAGGUCCUCUCUCUGGUACCCGCUGAACUCAGUUGCGAUACCACGUUUCCAAAUGGCCAGCCACCCUGCCACCCUUGCAUAGCGCGCGCCGCAGAGGCGCUGGCCGCGGGCGAGGUCGUGGCAAUUCCAACGGAGACAGUCUAUGGCCUAGCCGCGAAUGCUCUUUCCGCCUGUGCAGUCGGUCGGGUCUAUACCGCAAAGAACCGCCCUGCCGAUAACCCGCUCAUCGUCCACGUGUCUUCCCUGGACAUGCUCGCGUCGCUCUACCCCCCUGGCUGGGCCCUCCCGUCCGUCUACGAGGCUAUUGUUCGCGACCUGUGGCCAGGCCCAUUAACCAUCCUCCUCCCCCGAAGCCACCUCGUGCCCGACGUAGUGACGUGCGGCCAGUCCACCAUGGCUGUCCGCAUGCCCGCACACCCAGUGGCGCUGGCGCUCAUCGCCGCCUGUGGUUUCCCGCUUGCCGCUCCCUCCGCCAACUCCUCGGGCCGGCCGUCCCCCACGUUAGCUCGCCACGUACUGGAUGACCUGGGCGGCCGCGUGCCGCUCAUCUUGGACGGUGGAGCCUGCACUUACGGCGUGGAGAGCACUGUCUUGGACGGGCUGCGGAACCCGCCUGCCAUCCUCCGGCCGGGCGGCAUCACACACGAGCAGCUGGCUGGCUACCCCGGUCUGGAGGGGCUGCAACUCUACCGCCGCGAUUUUGUGGAUCCGCAGCUGGAGGCGGCGCCCUCGACGCCAGGUAUGAAGUACCGGCACUACAGCCCCAACGCGCCAGUAUUGCUGCUGGAUCCAGGGGACGCACCCGCGGCUAGCGUGAGCGAUGAGGCACUGGCUGCGCGGCAGCAGGAUAAGUUAGAGGAGGCACGACAAGGCGACCUGUGGCCGCAGCGAUUGCCUCCCUACGAGUACGUGCUGGGCCACGUGUCCCGGCCGGCAGCGGUGGCGAGCGAGCUCUACGCCGCACUGCGUCACAUGGACGAAGUGGGUGUAGCGGUAAUUGUGGUAGAGGGUGUGCGUGAUACGGGCGCCGGGGUGGCAGUGAUGAACAGGCUGCGGAAAGCGGCGAGUCGUGUGGUGGCGGUAUGA